ACUCCAGAUGAGCUGCGUGUUCUUGGCUAUGGGAUAUCUGAACCAAGUUGUGGUUUUGUUAAAUAUAAAGAUCCAAUGGAAUCCAUUUUUGGAAUUAUAGAUGAUCAGACUGUUCGAUUAUGAAACAAUUACUAAAUCAUUAUUUAAAGACAUAAUUAACUUAUGUUUUCCAUACAAAUAUACGUAUCGUGCUUAUACGUUUUUAAAAACUGAGCAUGAAAACAUUUUUAUUGAUAGUCAUUAUCGAAAAGGAGUUUGAGUGAGUGAAAAUUUUCAUGAUUGGAAUCGCUAGAAUGCAUUGAGGUGGGCAUCUACAGUAACAAUUGAAUAUGAAGAAGGUACCUUAGAUGGGAGAUCGACGUCCGAACUACAAAAUAGAACGGAUCAAGCUUCGCGAUUUUUCAGACGAUCGAAUUGGUCCUGUGUUUGCAUAUACGAGAAACGUCUUCUUGUCACCAGCCAUAAAUUAUUCAUAUGUGAUGUUCAAACGAAAAUGUUUGUUUAUGUUAGUAAACAUUGAUGUUCCAAGCGGGUGGCUUUGCCGACAAAGUUCAAGCGAAACGGUAAGAAAGAACGUUGAGAUUUUAUCUUUAAAUUUGAUGACUUCACGGCUGGCAUUUGUAGCUCUUCGUGCGUUCCCAUGACGAAAGUAUUUGACGGAACUGUUGCCCAAUUAGUGAGCUCUUUCGGAUGAGUCACCGUCGUUGUGGACUUUCGAGAGUUUGUAACCGUUUUCUCGGAGAUUAAUGCCGGAUGAAAGUUUUAGUUGAUGGAUUGGCUUUUCCACAGGCGUCUUUCCCUGUGUGUCAUUAGUCAUGUCGGUCGAGUUAAUCAUCUCUUGGCCGGCAGUAAGUAUCUCUUUACUUUCGAUUGGUAAACCAAGAGGAUGAGUCACUGUGCAAGGUAGAUCAUAUGACAACAGUUAUAAGAGAUCUGGGGAGGUGAUAACGAAAAAGCGAGUUGUCGGUACGAUGUCAUAGAAAAGAAUGGAUUUCAAAAGUGUUGAAUAACUGCAUUAUUUGCUAUUUCACAAUAUCUACUUACUUCGUUGUUGGAAAUUUCCAAAAACAUGACAUGAGAAAGUCAUACUUGCGUCGCAGUAGAAUGUAUUGAGAAAGAUAAAACAUUGCAAAACUGCCAACUUACCACCAUAUGCGAAGCAAAUAAGAAUUCAAAUUAA